AUGGAAAAAGAGGAUAGUACCCAGCCCAAUACCCGAGAGCCUCCCAACUCUGACUCCAUUGAUGUCGAACCUGAUGACAUCUGUUACCUUUCUUGUCUGACUCAUCAUUACGGCAGAAUCAGACUCCAGAGUAAUAACGGUACUCGGUUUCAGUGGACAUUUGGCCGUUUGCCAGAGUGUAAUAUCCAAAUUGAUUACUCUCGAAGAAUUAGUAAGAUUCAUUUUCUCAUUACAAAGAAAAAUGAAAAUGUUUUGCUUAAGGACGUUUCAACCAAUGGCACUCUUCUUAAUAGUAUAAGAAUCGCCAAAAACAAGGAGUACAUUCUGGCUCAUGGUGAUGAAAUCACAAUCGGAAGUGGCGUCCCUGGUGAAGAAGUUAAAUUUUUUGUUACAUUCCCAGGUACUACCACUGGAACCCCUACCGAAGGUGUUCAUGCGCAGUACGAUCUUCGCUCUGAGGUUUUAGGCCAAGGUGCUUUUGCAGUGGUCAAAAAGGCCAUCGAACGCACAACGGGUAAUCCCUACGCUGUUAAAAUCAUUGAUAAAAAGAAAAUUAUGUCUGGCGUCUCCGUUGAGCGUGAAAUUGACAUUCUCAAGAAGCUUAAACAUGAGUACAUUGUUGGUCUCAGGGACUUUUAUGAAGAUGGAAAUAAUUACUACUUGAUUAUGGACCUUAUUUCUGGUGGUGAUCUCAUGGACUUUGUUACCAGUAACGGUGCCAUUCCUGAGGAACCCUCGAGAGAAAUUGCUCGUCAAGUUUUGUGUGCUCUUCAAUAUGUGCACUCUCUUGGCAUCUCUCAUCGUGAUAUCAAGCCUGACAAUAUUCUUAUUGCUCAAGAUGAGCCUGUCAUUGUCCGUAUUUCUGAUUUCGGUCUUGCCAAGCUCACAAAAUCAGGGUCUAGUUUGCAAACCUUUUGCGGUACUCUAGCUUACUUGGCACCAGAAAUUAUGGCAAAGAAGCAUUCUGAGAAUGGCAAAUCUACAAUUUACUCCAACAAGGUGGACAUUUGGAGUGUUGGAUGCAUGCUUUAUGUCAUCUUGACUGGUUAUUUACCAUUCAGCAACAACACUCAAAAUGCACUUUAUCAAAGUGUUUUGUCAGGAAGAUUUUGCAUGGAACCUCUCAUUAGUGCUAACAUCAGCAAGCCUUGUCUUGACUUUUUGCAUUACGUUUUAGACGUCAACCAAGAUAGUCGUCCUUCUGCUGAACAAGCUCUUCAGCAUUACUGGUUUACCAAAUUUUCGUUUGACAAUGAUGAAUCUCAAACUUCCGAAGCCUUUGUUGCUCCUUCUGUUUCUUCUGUGGAACCUGCUGCCCCUGAGCCUAGUUUGGUUCCUGCUCCCAAGAGUAUUUCUAUUAAGCGACAACCUUCUGUUGCAAAUCAUGGUAAGGGUGCCAUCAAAAAUCCUGAUGAAUUCCCAUCCAUGAGAUUGAAUUUGGACGUCAAAGCUAACGAGAAAAACAGUGAUGGCGAUAUCGAUAUCCCUGACGUGCCUGAACUUGAACCUUCUUCGGAAGAUGUCCCAAUGGUAUCUCCCAAAGAAAAGAAAGAGACUCAGAAGUCUAAGGAAACAACUAAAAAGGUUCCUGUUACUUCACAACCCCCUACUCAAAAGGUUGGUAAUGUUCCGGAACCAAAGGGGGCCCAAAAUGGACAUGACCCUAAUGACUCUGACGAGGACGGCGACGAAAUCCGACAAGCCGCUGACGCUCAAUUUAAAAACCGUGUCAAUCAAGUUAAUUCCAUUGUCAAGUCUUUGAACAAUAGCAAUUCAUCGCCACUUCAAAGCCGACCAUACAUCUCUGUUGUCAGAGACAUGGACAACCAAAAUGCUAUUGACAUGCCUAUUGGCACCUGGAUGAUUCUCCGAACACUCGAUACUAGUAUUCCUCACGAAGAUAUUUGUAUCACACAUCCACUCUUGAAGUUUGGUCGCAGCAGUGAAAUUGAUAACGUAUUUGAUUUGAGGGACAAUCGAAUUUCCAAGUUACAUGCUUGUAUUGGUGUCCAACCCGCAAGUCCUAACUCGCCUUCUAAGAAUGGUCUUUACAAAAUAUUUUUGGGAGAUUGGUCGCGAAACGGCUGUUAUGUCAAUAAGGAAAAGAUUGGAAAAGGAAAUAUGGCUCAACUCCAAGAUGGCGAUGUUAUUUACUUUUUCCAAGAAACGAGAGCAGUCGAAUUCUUGGGUUUCCAAGUAGUCGUUAUUGAUACACCUUCUUUUGUUUCCAGACCACAUUCAGAUAAGAACGUUAUUCUUCCAUUCAACGAGGACCCUCUCAGGUUCAAAGGAUGGGUUAAAGGCACUGUUUCUAUCGGACACUUGUCGUCGCCUAUUUCUUCUUCGCCAAGUAAUAGAGUUGGAAAUAGGCAUUCACGUUUUAACGAACUACAAUCAAUUACUUCACCUAAUACCCCUGGCAAGCGUGCUCUUGUUGAAUCUGAAGACGACAGACCAGCCAAGAGAGUUUCACGUUACAAAUAA